UUGUGUUGUUGCAGGACGAGGCAAUAUGGAAGCGUCAUGAAAGGUAUAAGUGGCGACGCGUCCUUCAAUAUUUGUGAAACUAAAAAAAUUAGCAUAGAGUAUCCGUCACAGCAAGUAUUCCAUUACGAGAAGCAAGUACAGAGUUCAAUGAAACAGCGAGAUUAAACAAAAAAAAAAUUAAAAUAUCUCAAGGCGAAGUUACUUCUAUCUCGCCAGAAUGGAUUUCAGCACGACAGUGGUAACGUCGACCUUGAAAGGUGCUAACGACUUGAUGGGCACAGGUUUAUGGCUCGUGUCAUUGUUAAUCCUCGCUUACUAUCGUUACGAUCAGUUGGAUCCCGAGGGUCGACUCAUUGAUAAAUAUCCUCUUUACUCUGAAUACGAUUUCAUCGUGAUCGGGGGCGGAUCGGCGGGAGCGGUAGUCACCAAUCGACUCUCGGAGAUACCAGACUGGAACGUGCUGUUGCUAGAGGCCGGCCCAGACGAGAACGAGAUUACAGAUGUGCCAGCCUUUGCCGCGUACCUACAGUUGAGCAAGUUUGAUUGGAAAUACCAGACUGAGGUUACAGGUAAGGCUUGCUUGGCUAUGAAGGGCGGCCGUUGCAAUUGGCCCCGAGGUAAGAUUUUGGGUGGAAGCAGCAGUCUUAACUACAUGCUGUAUGUGCGCGGUAAUAAACAAGACUACGAUCAUUGGGAGUCGUUGGGUAAUCCCGGCUGGGGAUACGACCAAGUUCUUCAUUACUUUAAAAAGUCGGAGGACAAUCGGAAUCCAUACUUGCAGAAGAGUCCUUAUCACGCGACCGGCGGUUAUCUAACUGUUCAGGAGACGCCGUGGAAGGCGCCCUUGCUGCUCGCUUUUAUUGAAGCUGGCGUUGAAAUUGGAUACGAAAACAGGGACAUAAAUGGCGAAAAACAGACGGGUUUUAUGAUAGCGCAAGGAACUAUUCGCAGGGAAAACAGAUGCUCCACCGCGAAGGCUUUUCUACGGCCCAUACAAUUACGUGAGAAUAUUCAUAUAGCUAUGAACAGUCACGUGACGAGAAUCGUGAUUGAUCCGUUGACUAUGCGAGCGACAGGCGUCGAGUUCGUGAGGAACGGUCAAAGGCAGAUAGCGAAAGCGCGCAAGGAAGUAAUAUUGUCAGCGGGUGCCGUCAACAGCCCUCAAAUUUUGAUGCUCUCGGGAAUCGGGCCGAAGGAGCAUCUACAACACGUUGGUGUUCCUGUUAUCAAAGAUCUUCGGGUCGGCGAUAAUCUUCAGGAUCAUAUAGUCGUAUCGGUGAUAACGCACUACGUGGUGAACGGCAGAGGCCCCCUGACGAGUUUAGGUGGUGUUGAAGGUUUAGCUUUCGUAAAUACAAAGUAUGCCAAUCACUCUAUCGAUUAUCCGGAUGUGCAGUUUCACAUGGGGUCAGCCUCCAUUAAUUCCGACGCGGGGCAAAUUCGAAAAAUGUUAGGGCUGACGGACGAAGUGUACGACGCCGUCUUUCGGCCGAUAAACAACCGUGAUGCCUGGACUACGCUACCUCUUUUGCUGAGGCCCAAGUCUCGUGGCAGUAUACGCUUAAGAAGCUCCAAUCCUUUUGACAGCCCUAUCAUCAACGCGAAUUACUUUUCUGAUCCCAUGGACAUUGCAGUCCUGGUGGAGGCUGUGAAAAUCGCGAUAAAAGUCAACGAGGCGGAAGCCUUUAAACCAUUUGGCUCGAGAGUUCAUCGCGCCAAGUUGCCGAAAUGCAGGCACCUGAAAUUCGGCACCGACGCCUACUGGGAAUGUCACAUACGACAGAUCUCCAUAACAGUGUACCACCCCGUGGGAAGCGCAAGGAUGGGUCCUUCCAACGAUCCUACCGCAGUAGUGGAUUCGAGAUUGCGGGUUCAUGGUAUCGGAGGUCUUCGAGUUAUCGACGCGUCCAUUAUGCCAACGAUAACUAGCGGCAACACAAACGCUCCUGUUAUCAUGAUCGGUGAAAAGGGCGCCGAUCUCAUUAAGCAAGAUUGGUCGGCGCUACCAUCGUCGGCGGUUAAUUAUAAGCAAGUAUGACAAACGUGAGCUCAAAGAGGGCUGAGAAAAAAGUGCGUUGGGUGCAAACCGAAAUGUAUUAUAAAAUGUGAGAUAAUAUAUUGGGGGUUUAUUUAAUUAAUACAAGUGACACGAAAUCUUUUAUAAGCGCUAUAACUCUCGGGUCUCGAAUCACACACUCUAAGGCCCGAUUUCACCAACGCAAGUUAAUCUAAUCGUUCGAUUAAAUUUGUCACCAGAAUUGCCAAUAGCAAGACUUCAAAAACGAAUGUUGUUAAGAUCUAUUCUUGUUGCGUGUCAUAACAAGUCUUAUAACCGUGAAAGUGGGAAUAAGGUUGAAUUAUCAUAUAAUAAUGUUGAAUAAUAAAAUGAAUAAUAUAUUUGAUAUAAAUUAAUAAUUAUGAGAAUAUUAACAACGCUAUGGAUUUCUUAGACUUCGACGAAUACGAUGAUGAUAAUCUUGAAAGAAAUAAUGAAAAAAGAACGUAUAUUCAAACCACGUAUAAAUUAUUUUGACGUUUUGAAUGAGAAACUUUUCGAAGAAAGAUUUAAGAUACCAAAACCUGUCUCACCAAUUCGACCACCGAGACAUAUAUGCAUCAAGAAAAUAUGUUAAUAAAGAUCAGUUUUAUGUUCGGCAUUUGGCAACUCUGAAAGUUAACCGACCGUUUUGAUUAACUCGCAAUGGUGAAAUCAGGCCUAACUCUCAUAUUUUGACUGACCUGCUCACGUCGGUCACGCUUGCCUUUUAUAUCGAGAACUCGCGCGAUAUUUCGGCGGACAUCAAUAAUCUUUCUUAUGAUUUCACUGCUCCUAGAUCUCACCCAUGGAUGCAUUACUUGAGAUUAUAAAAUUACACAGGAAGCUCACGGUGUACUUGAUAAAUUGGAUAUUUAUGGCAGAAAUGUGCAAUAAUCCGAUAUUUCAUCAUCUAUCGUAAAUCCAUUUGAUAUAACAACAGUAAUGAUUAUCGCAAUUUUAGAAAAACUUAAUGCGAGAAUCGAGGGGUAAACCGCUGAGGGCAUUGUGGUGUACAGAUUUGCGGCAUUACUGGACAUUACUAGGCACUGCUAGGCAGUUUUUGGGCAGUAGGCAUUACUGGGGCAUUAUAAAGAUAAAAUAAAGUAAUGCCCAGUGGGCAUUACUUAAUUUUAUUAUAAUAUCUUAGUGGCUUUGGUGUACAAGAUUUUGGUCAGCGGUUUUCCCCUCGGCGAGAAUGAUACGGACACAGCUGACACAGCGACAUGAACAUUUUAGGACAUAAAUUUCUGGGCGGUUAAUUUAUGUUUGCAUUUUUUAAGGUUGCGCAUAAACAGGCAGUCGACAGAUAAGGUGCUUUGGUUAAUAAAGAAUAAAAAUACUUCUGUACAAAUGUAAUGAAAUAACAUACAAGUUAAUGUUCCGAAUCAUUUCUCCGCCGUUGCCCGAUGCCUUCUGGGCCUGCU